GUUUUAAGCAUUGUCGACCCGUACUUACUAUUGACAUCACACACUUGUAUGGGAAGUACAAGGGUAGUGAUGCGAAUGGCCAGAGUGCUCGGGGGACUGGUGGAUGGGGACGCCAGUACACGACGCAUCGGGAUUUCAAAGGGAUGAAGGUCUCACCGACGUUUUCUUGCUGCUAAUACUCCGGUUAGUUUCGCUUUUUACACGGGUGGUAGUUUUUUACUAUGGCGGCACACGGGUGGGUAUACCAGGUGCAGGUUUGGAACGCUGCUACCAUCGCAGCCCUGUCGCGUUACGAAGACUAUGUCUGGUCAGGGCAUGGUUUUUGGAGAUGGAAACCACUGGUGAGUCUUCGUUCGCGGCCGGAGGAAAAUGUCCACUCCGGUGGCUUUCUUUCUGGUUUUGGACCAUAUAUGUACCAUGGGUAUCAUCAUCGUUGCUUGGGGGUUGAUUACUUGGAUUUCUGGCGACAGGGACUUGGUUCGGUGUGCUUGCAUUCGGGUAUGGUUUUAUGUUUUUCUUUGAUGUUGCCGGAGAGGAUGAUCGGAAAACUCUCCGGGGUGGACUUGGUGGACCUUGAAUGGCUUGGGGUUUUUUCCAGCUACUGUUGAACCUCCUUCUUUAGUUUUAUGCCGGUGUCACCGGAGCUCUGCGUGGGUGGAGAGUGUGGAAGGAUGUAAGGUUUGGCUUUUAUCGUUUCCGGUUACUGUCAAUCGCCACUCUAAACCAUUUUCCGACGCUGUCGGGGGAUGCCGGGGCUCGACGGGGGUAGAAGGUGGUGGGUGGUUCGACGAUUGGCAUGUUUCUUUCCUCUCUGACUGUUUCUUUCCCCUCCUCUCCGACUGUCGGACUACCUGAGAGGCGCCGAAACUCAGGUGGGGUGGUUGGGUUAGGGGUGGGGGUCUGGUGGGUCAAGGGUGUUGGUCUGCAGCUCAGCUUGGCGGCGCCCCUCCGUAGCGAUGGCCGGGUCUGGACUGACCCGGAACUUCGCCAACCCUGGCCCUGCUGGAGGUUGUUGUGGACAUGGGAUGGAUUUGGGCCUGGGCUACUGCGGACAAUACUGGGCCUCCCCCAUUGGGUUACUGAUUUGGACACAGGAAUCUGCAGAUAAUGCUGGGCUUUGCUGUUUUGUUUGACUGCUGGGUGCUGCUGGUUUUGACGAGCCUUCGGGUUCUUAGACUGGAUCUUCAUGGGCCGAUUUCUUUUUUUUUUUUGGUUUUGUGACUUCUGUGACAUUGCUGGAGUGCUGGGCAGUUACUGGCCCGCUGGAGCAAAGCUAAAUUGGAGGAUGGGGCUUCAUUGCUUCGGAUUCCAUGGGUUUUGAGGACGGAGGGCAGCUUUUCAUUGAUGUUUUUGAUACGAGUCGGGGCCUGUCCCGUGCCGUUUUGGACUGAAAAAAAUUCUCUCUCCCGCCUACCUCCCGCAAGGGGGUGGACGGGUUUGAAUGGUAGAUACUAUUUUAGUUAGAUUAGCUAGCUAGAUAGUUUUGAUACAUUGUUUAUGUUAUUUUUAGGUGUCUAAUAAAAUUACCUUUCAUCCAAAAAAAUGGGUAGUGAUGCGAACAACCAAUUAUUUCCUCUGGCCUUUGCAGUUGUUGAAUCUGAGAAUGGGGAGAGUUGGCCAUGGGUUAUGGCAUGCAUUAGGGAGUUUGUGACUGAUAGGGAGUUUGUGUGUCAUUUCUGAUCGACAUGCAGUUAUAGUCAAGACAAUGAAUGAGGUGGGCAAUACUUGGGAGGAGCCUUAUGCACACCAUUGGCUAUGUAUCCGUCAUCUUGCAUCAAAUGUGCACACUCAUUUCAAAGACACUCACCUAAAAAAUCUGUUUGUAUGGAUCACAAGGCAACAUCAAAAAAAGAAGUUUGACGGUGGGUUCAAGAAGAUAGGGGAAAUGCAGGUGGCAACAUGACAAUUUCUAGGGAACAUUCCCUUAGAAAUAUGGUCAUUACACCACGAUGGCGGUUACAAAUACGGUACCAUCACUUUUAAUAUGGCUGAGGUUUCAACAACGUGAUGAAGAAUGCCAGAUAUUUGCCCAUUACCGCUUUGGUCCAAGUUUCCUUUUACCGCGUUAAUGUUUAUCUUGUUAAUAUGCAUGAAAGCAGUAAAUUAAAAGAAGAGUGACAGAUGGCCA